GAUCCGGACCCGGUAUGGAAUGUGCUACUGUUUGAAGUGAAUCUGGUGAUCUCCGCUCGCUCGCUUCCUGGGCGCUAAGUUUUGCAGGAGAGCUGAGAGUAGAGAAGAGAAGGAGACGGCGACAAAAUGGCGCAAAUCCCAAAUCUCGACAAUGCUCCCAUAAACCUCACCUCCAUAAGAGAUCAAUCGCAGAAGGAGCUCAUGAUGAUUUUGAAGAACAUUCGAGGGCAGAAGUGUUUGGUUAUUGAUCCUAAGCUCAGUGGUUCACUCUCACUUAUUGUGCAGAGCUCAAUACUCAAGGAGCUAGGGGCUGAAUUGCGGCACCUUACAAGUGAACCAAUCCAAACAGAUUGUACUAAAAUUGUUUAUCUUGUUCGAGCUCAGCUUGGCUUGAUGAAGGGUAUUUGCUCAGACAUUCAUAAUGAUACUUCUAAGGGGAUUCAAAGAGAGUAUUUUUUUGUAUUUUGUUCCUCGCCGUGCAGUUGUAUGCGAAAAGGUACUAGAGGAAAAGAAAGUACAUCACUUAUUGACCAUAGGCGAGUAUCCCUUGUAUCUACUUCAUCUGGAUGAAGAUGUUUUGUCUUUUGAACUCGAUACUGCAUACAGAGAAUUCACAGUUGAUGGAGACACAACCUCUCUUUGGCAUAUAGCAAAAGCCAUUCACAAGCUUGAGUGUUCCUUUGGUGUGAUACCAAAUGUGAGAGCCAAAGGGAAAGCAUCUGUCCGUGUUGCUGACAUUUUAAAUAGGAUGCAAGAUGAAGAACCAGUGAACAUCACCGAUGUUGUUGUGCCAGAGAUUAACACUCUCAUCCUCAUUGACAGAGAGGUGGACAUGGUUACACCUAUGUGUUCCCAGUUAACUUAUGAAGGGCUAAUGGAUGAGUUUCUUGGUAUCAAUAAUGGUGCUGUGGAGGUAGAUUCUUCUAUAAUGGGUGCCCAGCAAGAGGGGAAGAAAAUGAAGGUUCCUCUAAAUUCUAGUGACAAGCUAUUCAAAGAGAUACGGGAUCAGAAUUUCGAAGUUGUCGGUCAGGUUUUACGUCAAAGAGCAACAUCUAUGAAACAAGAUUACAAUGAGAUGCAAACAGCUAACCAAACUGUUUCUGAAUUGAAAGACUUCGUUAAAAAACUCAACUCAUUGCCUGAAAUGACAAGGCAUAUACAUCUUGCUCAGCAUUUGAAUAAAUUUACAUCUAAACCUUCAUUUCUUGGGCGGCUAGAUAUGGAACAUACUAUUGUGGAGUCUGAAAGUUACGAUAUAUGCUUCGAGUACAUCGAGGAGAUGAUCCAUAAACAGGAACCUCUUGUCAAUGUUCUACGCAUUCUCAUAUUAUUUUCGAUCACAAAUUCUGGAUUACCAAAGAAGAACUAUGACUACUUAAGGCGAGAGCUACUUCACAGCUAUGGUUUUGAGCACAUUGCUACAUUAAACAAUUUGGAAAAGGCGGGAUUGUUCAGGAAGCAGGAGUCUAAAAGCAACUGGAUAACUAUUAAACNGCAAUUAUUCUGCUUCUUUAAAGGCUCAACUAAAAUAAACACUGCCACUCAUAGAGUUGACGUGUCAUUAGUCCCCAGAGAUAUUUCUUAUGUCUUUUCUGGAUAUGCACCUCUCAGCAUUUGCCUGGUUCAGCAUGCAAUCCGAUCUGGGUGGCGUCCCAUUGAAGAAAUAUUAAGACUGCUGCCAGGGCCCCAUUCAGACAGCAAGAGGAGUGGGUUUGCAAGCAAUCCGUCCUUUGACAGUCUGCCAGGGUCCAUAGACUACUCUGACAAAAUAGGUGAUGGAAGGCGGUCAUUGGUGCUUGUUGUUUUUAUUGGUGGGGUGACCUUUGCUGAGAUUAAUGCUCUUCGAUUCCUGAGUUCCCAGGAGGGUAUGCCAUAUGACUUGAUUGUAUUGACUACAAAAAUAGUUAACGGGCACACGUUGACAGAAACAUUCAUGGAGAAAUUGGGGUGACUGGUAAAGAAGAUACUUUUUAGUGUGGCUUCUUUGUUGUUUUGAUGACAUUGUUUCUUUCGGUAUGACCUUUCUUGCAACCAUUUUGUUUGGAGUGUGAUUGACUUUUUAAAAGCAGGGUUGAUAAAAAAUGACCUUGAUUGAGGUGUAAAGGAGAAUUUCAGUUGGUACAAAAAAGAUGACCUUGGUAUAUAGGAGUAUGAUUUUUAAAUUGGUUUAUGUAACUAGAUCUCUUAAACCAGAAUUAAGGUGAUAUUGAGUUGAGAGUUAGAAUUACAAUAGUUCAAAGAUACAGUUGAAGUACAAGGUGGAUUUGCAAAGGGUAGCACUCUCCGGCUCCAUUUGGUACAUGGAAUUCAAACUAUGGAAUUAGAAUUGAAGAAAACAAUUUCAAUUCAAACUGGAAUUACUCCCCUAAAUGUGAUGCUUGCUUUUAUUGGAGGAAGAUGAUUAAGGUGAGACAAGAAUUUGCAAGUAUGCCAGUUAGGGGAGAAUACAAGCCUGAAGAGGGGUACUCAUGGCUUAUGGGGCAGCUUCCAAAAGACGAGUGGUUUGAUAUUGUGUGGAACAGAGGGACAAUGCCAAAGCACAAAAUGUUUGUUUGGAUGCUACUGAAAGGGAGGCUCCAAACUAAGCAACGGCUGAGUAGAUUUCUAACUAUUGACAAUGGAUGUGUGUUGUGUGAUAGUGGAAAUGAAGAUAUAGACCACCUGUUCUGGAAAUGUGACUAUGCAAACUGCAUAUUUGGGAGCAUCAUGACCAGCCUGGGCUGUGAAGUAGGUGGGGAGUCGCCACAAGAGUUCUGUGCGAAAUACCUAAGGAAGGGCAGUAGUAAGCAAAAGAUGGUCUGGAGAGCAGCCUGGGCAGCAAUAUGUUACUCGAUCUGGAGGGCUAGGAACAAGAAAAUUUUCGCAAAAGAGAAUAUUAAAGUAGAGGAAAGUAUUUCUUAUACUUGGUUCAAUCUUAAUACCUACUUGUAUAGGAGGAAAAUAUAGUACGAAUAAUAGCAGAUGGGUUAU